UACGCUUGGCUUAGCUACAUUUAUACGUCUAUUGGAGAAGAUGAUACCCAUCUAUGCAAGUGAAUGUCAUUGGUAAUCUAGACUUGGACUUGUCUAUAUAAUAUUAAGGUAGGUACCUGCUUUCCAUAUUCCUUCGUUCAUAUAUUUAUAUUCGUUAUCUCGUUUUAUGUUCGUUUCUUGGGUACCACAAGCGAAACUUUAAACCUCAUAAUGGCCAUCACUGUCAAGCCGGAAGGCACCGAAUAUGACUAUAUUGUGUGCGGGUAAGUCUACUACUUAGACACAAUGUUUGAUUGAUAACUCUCUGACAAUCAUGUAUAGAGCCGGCACGUCAGGGGCCGUUGUCGCAGCAAGAUUGGCAGAAGAUCCCAAUAAUUCUGUUCUCGUCAUCGAAGCAGGAGAAGAUAAUUCCCUUCUCGAGAAUACUCUCAUGGUCGGGGGAUGGUGAGAUAUUCGUCCAAUCGUCCCAUGGGCUAGAGUUCUGACUUUAUCUAUGCAUAGGUCACAGAAUUUUGACACAGAAGCGGACUGGAACAUCACCACGGAACCUAAUCCAGGUGUCAAUAACCGUCAAGUCAAAGCCAGCCGAGGCAAAUUUCUCGGAGGAUCCAGUGGUCUAAAUGGUACACUGUGCAUUAGAGGUACGCCACAAGAUUACGAUGACUGGGAAAUGCCGGGAUGGAGUGGUGAGGAAGUUUUCGGUUACAUGAAGAAGGUAGAAUAGUUAUCCUCUUGAUCAUGUUUAUGGUACUAAUAGAGGUACAGGCAGAGAACUUUCAUGGCAAGGAAUGGUUUAAGGCCAACGAUUCGGUGCAUGGCUAUGACGGCUUGCUUGAUGUGGAACCUCAUGACCUGGUAAGCUGUAGCACAAUAGCUUAUUUACACAAUAUAUUGACUUUAUUAGGCACCGAUAGCUCAUAUGAUUUUGGAUUCGAUGGAGGAUCAAGGUCUGCCACUUCAUCCGGACAUGUUUUCGACUGGAGAAACUCCGAAUGGUUGUGGUCAUGCACCAAGAACUGUUUAUAAAGGGGACAGAACUUCUUCGGCAAAUUACUUCACCAACAAAGGUCCCAAUCUCGAGAUCAAAACUAAUACGAUAGUCGACCGCGUAAUUCUUGAAAGCGCAUCUCACGACGACCUGAGAGCUGCAGCUGUCAAAAUAAUUGAAAAAGAUGGAACGGGAAGGGAGAUUAGAGCUAGGAAAGAGAUUAUCAUUAGUGGAGGGGCAUAUUGCUCACCAGCUAUUCUUAUGCGAUCAGGGAUCGGAGCAAAGUCCGAGCUUGAAUCCCAUGGCAUCGAGUGUCAAGUCGACCUUCCCGGAGUCGGGAAAAAUCUUAUGGAUCACAUGGUAAAAUACUCGAAAGCUCACAAAUAUACCCCGCUAACAAGAUCACAGAUUGUUUUCAUAUUCUAUGAAACCACAAAACCAAAUGUUACUAGCGAUUAUCUGCUUUAUCCCCCGAAUGCUUUAGGUGAAGCUUACAGGCAAUGGAAAGAAGAGAAGCGUGGACCUCUCUCCACUUUUCCCUUUGGCGCAUUCGCAUAUUCUCGUCUUGAUGAACGUCUUGCUUCCGAACCAGCUUGGACUUCAGCACCGCGGCAGCCAGGUCGAGAUCCUAUGGGUUUAACCACAUCACAACCAAACGUGGAGUUUUUCAGCACGGAAUGCUAUGGUGGCCCAAAGCAAUACGAUCAAUUCCCCGACGGAGAUAAGUCACAUGCAUUUUCUAUAAUCGCGGAGUUGUUUGCACCCAAAAGCAGAGGUACCGUAACCCUGAAAUCAAAAGACCCAAAAGAUAAUCCAGUUGUUAAUCACAACUACUUGAGUGAAGAACUGGACAUUGUUGUUCUCAGCGAGGCAUGUAGGUAUGCCAAUGAAAUCAUUAUGAAGGGGAAAGGUACGAAAGAUAUAGUUGAGGGAAGCUGGCCUAAGGACUUAACACACCAUACAUAUACAUUGAGAGAACAGUGGGUUCCAUAUAUCAGAGAUAAUGCUACAACCUGUUAUCACCCCGGAGGAACUGUCAAAAUGGGCAAAGCAUCGGACCCGAUGGCAGUUCUCGAUGAGGAAUUAAGAGUCAGAGGUGUGAAAAAUCUCAGAGUUGCCGAUACAAGCGUUAUGCCACUUCUUAAUCAAGGCCAUACCCAGAUGCCUGCAUAUGCGAUUGGUGAGAAGACAGCAGAUUUGAUUAAGGGUGUCGAUGGUUUAGAUGUAGCAGCGUUGAAGUUAGAAAGGCAUGAUUCAAGAAUUGAAAGAUCCUGAUUACAAAAUCAUAAGGAAAAGAAAUUCCAAAGGUUGCUCGCUUGCUUCUAUGUAUCAAGGUCAUUGGCGCUAUUAGCAUGCCUUAGUUGAAUAUUUGACACAGAUCUAUA